GCCCCCUACAGAGGAAGGCGCUUGGUCAAGCAUUCAAGCGCUGGCAUCCGUACCACCCAAAUACGCAGAUUCCACCCCAAAGUGCGCAAAGAUGUGCCGUCCCAUGCCACUUCCAAACCCUUAGCCUACUUUCUCACAGCCUGGCUCUGGAUGCUUCUCCAAAGCCAAACAUCAGAGGUUCCAGGGUGAGACGUCGAAAAGCGACCUCACCGGCCCACUUCGACUUCCCUACGAUCCCUCGGAUCCGAUCGCGGAGCAUCGGAAUGGACCGGGUGCCUAAGCUGCGGGUGGACGUAGCGCAGCAGCACGAGCUGGAUCUGCAGCAGAAUGGGCCUGGCUUCAGCCCAGACUUCUUGCGCCACUACUGCGAGACCCAGGACCUUGAGCAGGUCACCUACCUGGAGAUCCAGGCGGACUCGGCCACGCAGAGCCUGGAGCUCCUGGGACAGCAGCUGCCGCAGCUGCGGCAGCUGAAGCUCAGCUCCGUCAGCUCCGUGCUGAGCCUCCGGGACCUGGGUUCGAGCCUGGGCCAUCUGGAGGUGCUGUGGAUGACCCGCUGCGGACUCCAGGACCUGGGGGGCGCGCCGCUGCUGCCGUCGCUGAGGGAGUUCUACCUGUCCUUCAACGAUGUAGUGGACCUGACGCCUCUUACUGGCUGCGAGCAGCUGGAGGUCUUGGACCUUGAGGGCAACGCGGUGGCGGAUGCCGAGGACGUGCGUGCUUUGGGCAGUCUUCCGCGACUACGAGAGCUGAACCUGAGUGGCAAUCCUGUCAGCUCCAAGGAUCGGCUGACGCGAGAAGGCAUCUUAGAGCUGCUUCCCAGCCUGGAGGUUCUGGAUGAUGAGCCGCUGGGAUCGCAUCUCUGCCGGCAUCAUGACCUGGGGGAUGACUGCCAUUCGCUGUCCAGCGGCAGCGGACGACGAGAGGAAUCCCCACAGGCAUCGUUGGAUGAGGAGGAUGUGGCGGAGCUUGCAGAGCCCAGGCACCCACUGCUGGUUGCCGGCUUCGCAGACAGCUCCGCCAAGACUGGGGCGGGGCUCUUCGUCGGCGAGCCUGACGAGACCGAGCUCGUGGUGGAGCAGCUGAAGCGGGCGAGGAGAAAUGCGGGCGGCCACGCAUUCACCGCGCGCCCGGGCUUUACCAUGCAGCCGCCGGAUCGCAGGACCCGCGACGACGGGCGCCCCGCCACAGCCACCUCGCGCCUGAACUUCGAGGAGUUGGUGGCCACAGAUGCGGCCAGCGAGCUGACCUGUGGGGAGUCACUGGCAGGGAAUCCCAUGCGCGCAUUGCGGCGCCGGCAUCCCUCGGGGGCGCAGACGGCGCGGGAGGCCGCGAUGGACAUUCGGGAGCUCCUCCAAAGAUACCAAACCUACACCCAGGGCGCUGCGCCAGUGGUUCCCAUCCAGGAGGAAGAUGCUCCUCCGCGGCCGGCCACUCCGGACGUGCGCGUGCGCGGGAGUACACCAAAGAGUGAUGGCUUUGAGCCGAGGACUGCGACGCCAAAGAACUCUAAGAACGCCACUCCGAGCAGCAAAAGCGCCUUUGUUGACUUCGGGACAUCGCCGCCCCUGAGAAAAGGCAGACCACCGCUGAUGACGAAAAGCAGUGGGUAUGCCAGAAGCUGUGAGCCAAUUGAAUUGAGCUAACCAUUUAAGCAUGUCCUGCAGGGUUCUGGGCAGCACAAAGAGGUGCCUAGCGUGAGCCUUGUAGAAAGAAAGUGAUGCACUGCAUGAGCUUUGCAUCACAUUCAACCUGGUGAGUGGUG